CCGAUCCUUUGCUCAUUCACGUCACAGCCGAUUGCCACAUCGAGAGCUCAGCGGUGCUCGCUCAAUCCCCGGUCAGGGCUGCACAGCACAUCCAUCACGCACCGAGAGGAAGAGUCUUUCCAGUCGAGUCUCAGCACCCUUUCUGCGUGCUAUCGAGCAAUUUUCAUCGCCUUGCGCUAGAUCGCGUACCACCUCUUCAUCAGCUCCUCUCCUCGCGCGUGUCAAAGCCGGUGGCUGCAAGAAGCCUCUUCUUGCAAGCCAAAAGGGCCUGUUGAUGCCUAUCGAACUAUCGCCCGGGAGUACGGUUUGGAACGUCUGAAAGGGAGGAAAGAGGCCAGAAGGCAUAAGGACGUCGGGACCGAAUCAUGCCGUACCGAGGACAGCCACCAGGGGUGAUAUACUUCACAUUUGAAGCGUGUGCCCCGGCAACGGCCUAUCACACCCAAACCUGCCGAAUCAAGCCGCGAAUGACACGCAGAAGAGAGCAAAAUCAAUCUAUCAGUGUUGUGAAUAUCCCCUUACCAACUGCCUGUCCGGCAUAUUUGAAGCCCUGAAUGACACGCACAAGAGAGCAGAAUUUAUCACAACAUAUGUCCUCCUGUAAAGUCGUUAUGUCCUGUGCUUGGCUUUACUUGAAAGUCGUAGCAGCCCUUUUUCGUGCUGAUAACUGCCCGGUCCGUCAUGCAGAACUGUGUACGGGGAGCGGACAGGACAGGAAGAUGACAUCAUUUGCUUUCUGAUGAUCAGCGCUGCCUACAUCUCUUUGUGGACCCAGCGUGGUCGAGAGGGCGGUGGCGUCAGAGCUGUGACAUGCACGUGUUAGUCAGCGUCCAUCCGUGUGUGGGCUUUCAUCUUCUCUCUACCUGACGAACCCAAAACGCUGCUGAAUCUCCUCACGCUCCUCACGCGUCAGGUCCUGCAGAUUACGCCCUCGGUCGCUUGUUUUGCUUGUCACAUUGUCUUUCGUGACAUUGAAAGACACCAUCACUCGCAACGACUGUGGCUCGAUGAUAACGGCGGCAGGCUGUGAGUGAUUGUUUUCCAGCCAGAGGCCACUGUUCCUGAUGACUCGCAGACGCUGUCCCGCAGCCAGGUCGAUGUACACAGUGGGCUCUGUGAGGUUGGCAGUUGUGUCUUCUUCUAGACUGGGCUGUUUAAGUGGGGAUCUGCGGCAGUGCCUGACCCUCCAAAAUCCUCCGAUCGCGGUGGCGUUGGCCCCAGCGAACGUCAGGUGGGUUGCCUCUAACCUCUCCAUGUCUUCAAGCGCUUGGUCGUCUAGCAGGUCAAGGAGAUCCAGUUCAUCCUCCUCAGAACGAGCGCUGAUGGGCAGGCCUGCAAGCAGUCGGCACAACGACGGGGCACAACACACCACAAACAAGGGUACUUACAAUAAGAGAGCUUCAGGUGAAAUAAAAGACUGACCAGCGAAGAAGCACGCGGCGCGGAAAGGUGUGACCUCUCGUGUGAGGAUCAUGUUGGUAGUGAGCAAUGCUAUCACCAGAAGAGUACGGCGGCACAUAUGCCACGGGCGGGCCCAAGAGGACCGGGACCUAAUAGAGAAGAGUUUGUGAAAUGACCUCUAGACCGCCAGCACCAGCGUCAGCCCCCGCCAUUGGGGGGUUGGCGGGCCUCUGAGGCAUCAGCAUACCACCCGUCAGUGCACCGCGACGGGUUGACACCUUUUGG